AUGACACGACGCGGUCGUUCAAAGAUGCGUCCAAAUAUUGUGACUGCUACGACAAACAAAGAAAAGUCACCAUCAAGACUAAUUCCUGUGAACCGUAUAUCAUCACUGUCUUCAGCAAAGACGGAAACAUCAAAUCAAAUUAUAGCACCGUUAUUAAAUGUUAAUUUGGCUUCGAUGAGGUCGGGGCAUCAUUAUACGGAGGUGUGUUCAAAUAUCGUUUCUGAAAUGAGAAGCAAUGAAAAAUCACCACCGGAACUGGUUUUCAAUAACGGUACAAUCCCAGCUGAUGUGGUAUCACCAGAAACAGUGUCAUCGGAUCACAGUAUUCUUCCAUCAUCGCAUUACAAUUCUUUUGUACCGUCAUCCGAUAAGAGUUUUGCUUUAUCAUUUGAUCUCAGUAUUACAUCAUUACCGAAUCAGGAUGCUGCUAAAUCAUCAGAUCAUAAUACUGCUUCACCUGGUCGUAAUGUUAUGUCAUUAGAGCACAAAACUAAAUUGAUCCGAGCGAGACGCUGUCGUUUGCAGAUACGUCCAAAUAUUGCUGUUGGAGCAAGAACUAGAGAAAAAUCAUUGCGUAAAUUGGUUCCUCAUAGCGUUAUAACGCCAGAAAAUGUAACUUCCUCACAUGGUGAAGUCACGUCACCUAUAUCAACUUCUGUAGAGGAGGUAUCAUCAGAUCAGAGUGCAGCACCAUCACUGCAUUACAACAUCGCUCUGUCAUCCAGUCAUAAAGUUAUACAGUCAUCGAGCCACAGUAAUACAGUACUAUCAGAUCAUAAAAUUACGAGAACAGGGUUACGAUAUCGUCGUUCCAAGAUACGUCCAAAUAUUGCUUUUGGAGCGAAAAAUGAGGAGAAAUCACCACCACAAAUGGCCCUAGAAUGCGAUGCAGCAUCAGGAAAUAUAAUUUCAAAUGUAUCAUCUGCAGAAACAAUGUCAUGGCUCCACAAUAUCGUUCCAUCAUCACAUAUCAGUUCUAUUCCGUCAACAGAUCAUAGCACUGCCUUAUCAUUGGAUCUCAGUGCUGCACCAAUAUUGAGCCAGAGUAUUGCCCAGUCAUCAGAUCACAAUACUGCUUCAUUAUCUGAUCGUAAUGUUACAUCAUUAAAUCACAGAACUACAUCGAUUCAAAUGGGGCGUUGUCGUUUAAAGGCGCAUCCGAAUAUUACUUUUGGAGCAAGAAGCGAAGAAAAGUCACCGCCAAAGUUGAUUCUUGACAAUGAUGUAACGUUAGAUGAUGUGAUAUCUUCAGCUAUAUCACUUUCAAGUGAUGAUGUCGCAGUUGAGACCGUGUCAUCAGAUCACAGUUUUACUCCAUCAUUGGAUACUCCAAAAUCGUUGGAUUGCACUGCUGAGUCCGCAGAUUACAAUAUUGGUACAUCAUUGGAUCAUUAUACUCUUUCGUCAAAUUGUGAAAUUGCUUCUACUCGAAUGCGACAUCGCCGCUUGAAGAUACGUCCAAAUAUUGCUUUUGGAGCGAAGAAUAAGGAAGAAUCUUCACCAAAAGUGGCUUUUGGCAACAGUGGAAGUGUAGCUUCAUCUACAUCAUCUUCAGUGGGAAUGAGGACACUUAAACAGAAUACCUCGCCGUCAUCAUCGAACCUCAAAACUACAUCAAUCCGAGAGCGAUUUUGCCGUCCAAAGGUACGUUCAAAUAUUGCUUUUGGAGCAAGAAAUAGCGUUGAAUCUCCGCCAAAACCCAUACAUAGCAGAAAUAGAAGGCCGAAUGUACCAUGUCCUGUAGAGCCAAUUUCAUCUGAUCGUAGUGCUGGUCCUCUUGUUGAUAUUGCACAGCAAACUUUGCCUUCUGGGAUGUCAUUUGAUGAGACUAUUAAUGCUCUUUCAGAAGAAGUUGAAUCAAGCACACAAUCAAAUUUUGAUGCAUCUUGUGAUAUUAGAGAAGUCAAGUUAUCGCGUAGGAUUCCUCAACUUUCUCCAAAAUGUCGAAGAAGCAUUCCGUCUAUGCCGUGUCAACAACAUUCAGUGUUAAAGUCGCACGAACAUUCACUCUUGAAAAUUCCACAUUGUGUAUCCUUAAAAUUGUCUCAGCAAUCAUUAUCAUGGUCGUCCAUGCUAGCAGAAGCGGUUAUUAGAGGAGACAACAAAGCAUGUUAA